CUUUCUUGCGUGAUGCCUGUGGUGAGUAGGACGAGCCUGCAUCUUCGACGAGCAAGCGUCUCGGUCUCUCGAGGAAUAUUUGCCGCACCGAGUUCGCUGCUCGUGGACUGCAACGGUAUCGAGGGGAUCUACAUCCUUUUGUAUAACCGGAGACAACGCGCGCUCCUUAUCCACCUGCUCGACUGGGACUUGUGGGCCAGCACCAAGCCCAGUCGAGUCGACUCCGGCACCUCUGCCCCCGAGUAUGUCUUCGAGUCUGUCAAGGCGAACACGUUCACGCCGCGUAAUUGCCCUGUAGAAUAACGGAGGUAGAAAUGCCCAGAACGCCCUUUGCGAAGCGUCAUUGACGACAGCACAGGCGAUCAAGGAAAUAGACAGGGCCCAGAAAGUCCACAGGAAUGCUCGUCAGCCCAUGCAGCUGUUCGAGCCCAUCCAUCUGAUCGAAACAACGGGCUCCGGCAUUGGCAACAGGAUAUAGGGUCAUACACGAAGGGAGGCGAUAGCAAGGUGCAGGAAAAUCAUCAGUGAUACGGGUCUGCCGCCAU